UCGCCGUGAGGAGGAGGAGGUGGAGGAGGAGGCGGCUCGGGGAGAGCGAGCAGCGAGCUGGACCGCGGAGCGUGAGUGAGGGAGCCGAGCCGCCUGCCUGCCUGCCCGCCGCCGCCUCCCCUCCGUAAGCAGGAGCCCGGGCCGGGGCCCGGCACGCCGCCCCAGCCCCUCCCUCGUCGUCAGGCCGCGAGGGCAGCGCGCGCGAGCCAGGGGGAGGGAGAGCGAGCGAGCGAGCGAGCUAGCGAGCGCCGGGAGGAGGCGGCCGGACCGAGCGAGCGCCCGCGCGUGUGGCGUGAGGGGAAGCCGCUGCCCGCCCCCUUCGCCUUCCCUUCUCUCCCCCUCCCCGCUCCCCCCCCGACCGCGGAGCAGCACCAUGUCGGCGCCGGCGGCCAAAGUCAGUAAAAAGGAGCUCAACUCCAACCACGACGGGGCCGACGAGACCUCAGAAAAAGAACAGCAAGAAGCAAUUGAACAUAUUGAUGAAGUACAAAACGAAAUAGACAGACUUAAUGAACAAGCCAGUGAGGAGAUUUUGAAAGUAGAACAGAAAUAUAACAAACUCCGCCAACCAUUUUUUCAGAAGAGGUCGGAAUUGAUCGCCAAAAUCCCAAAUUUUUGGGUAACAACAUUUGUCAACCAUCCACAAGUGUCUGCACUGCUUGGGGAGGAGGAUGAAGAGGCUCUGCAUUACUUGACAAGAGUUGAAGUGACAGAAUUUGAAGAUAUUAAAUCAGGUUACAGAAUAGAUUUUUAUUUUGAUGAAAACCCUUACUUCGAAAAUAAAGUUCUCUCCAAAGAAUUUCAUCUGAAUGAGAGUGGUGAUCCAUCUUCAAAGUCCACUGAAAUCAAAUGGAAAUCUGGAAAGGAUUUGACGAAACGUUCAAGUCAAACGCAGAAUAAAGCCAGCAGGAAGAGACAGCAUGAGGAACCAGAGAGCUUUUUCACCUGGUUUACUGACCAUUCUGAUGCGGGUGCAGAUGAGUUAGGAGAGGUCAUCAAAGAUGAUAUUUGGCCAAAUCCUUUACAGUACUACUUGGUUCCUGAUAUGGAUGAUGAAGAAGGGGAAGGAGAAGAAGAUGAUGAUGAUGAUGAAGAAGAAGAAGGAUUGGAAGAUAUUGAUGAAGAAGGAGAUGAGGAUGAAGGUGAAGAAGAUGAAGAUGAUGAUGAGGGGGAGGAAGGAGAGGAGGAUGAAGGAGAAGACGACUGACGGAUUCCAACCUUCCUUUUUUAAUUUUCUCCAGUCCCUGGGAGCAACUUGCAGUCUUUUUUUUUUUUUUUUCCCCCUCCUCCUCUUGUGCUCAUUCGCCCUGUUUUUUGAAGUCUCUUUUCUCUCCCUUUAUACCAUGGUUCUCAACUUAUUUUGGGGGGAAAUACCUUGAGCAGAAUACAGUGGGAAAAGAAUCUCUACCCCUUUCUGUUCCAAAUUCAUUUUUACCCCUUCCUGUCUCAACAAAAACUUUAUGGAAUCAACACCACCGUGCUCUGUGGGAAAAAAGAAAAACCUUCUGCUCCCUUAGCUCUGCUGGAAGCUGGAGGGUGCUAGGCCCCUGUGUAGUAGUGCAUAGAAUUCUAGCUUUUUUCCUCCUUUCUCUGUAUAUUGGGCUCAGAGAUUACACUGUGUCUCUAUGUGAAUAUGGACAGUUAGCAUUUACCAACAUGUAUCUGUCUACUUUCUCUUGUUUAAAAAAAAGAAAAAAAAACUUAAAAAAAUGGGGUUAUAGAAGGUCAGCAAAGGGUGGGUUUGAGAUGUUUGGGUGGGUUAAGUGGGCAUUUUGACAACAUGGCUUCUCCUUUGGCAUGUUUAAUUGUGAUGUUUAACGGACAUCCUGGCAGUUGAAGAUGACACUUUUAAAAUAAAAUUCUCUCCUAAUGAUGAUUUGAGCCCUGCCACUCGAUGGGAGAAUCAGCAGAACCUGUAGGAUCUUAUCUGGAAUUGACAUUCUCUUGUAAUUUUGUUCCUGUUUAUUUUUAAAUUUUCUUUUUGUUUCACUGGAAAGGAAAGAUGCUCAGUUUUAAACGUUAAAAGUGUACAAGUUGCUUUGUUACAAUAAAACUAAAUGUGUACACAAA